UCUCUUCUCAAGACAACUGUUUCAUAGCUGUCUGGUCUCAAUCUUCCCCACAUGUGACCCUGGCUCCAAGAUAAUAAAAACACUUUGAUCACAUAGAAUUGAUUAUGUUAUUUCCUCAUAGUUUCACAUUUAUAUAUCUCAUUCAUUUACCUACUAUCUAUAUUCUCCUUGAUAUAACUACCAUUCGUUAAACAUAGCCAUUUUGGUUCUGUUUUCUCCCUUCUUCCUCUCCUCCUUCCUUUCUCUUUGUUUCCUAUAUAUGGUUUAGGACGUUGAUCUUAUUCCACUUUCCAUUUGCCUCAAAUUUCGUUUUUUUCUUUCCUUUGUUUUCGUUUUAGGUUUUUGUUAUUAUGUUUUGGGUUUUAACUUUAGCUUCUCUUGUAAUUAAUUCAGUUUAAUUUCUCUUCUUUUUUCCCACACAAAUCUUGUAAACUCAGAUUUUUUUUUCUCAAUGGCGCAACUCCCUCCUAAAAUCCCCAACAUGACACCACCACAUUGGCCUAACUUCUCUUCCCAAAAACUCCCUCAUUUUUCCACCGCAGCCGCUUCAUCCGCCGUACAAAACCCCUCAUGGGUCGAUGAGUUCCUCGACUUCUCAGCAUGUCGCCGCGGCAACCACCGUCGUUCUAUAAGCGAUUCCAUCGCGUUCCUCGAAGCUCCAAUCGUCACAAGCCAUAUAGAAGAACACAACUUCGAUAAGUUCGACGACGAGCAGUUCAUGUCCAUGUUCACGGACGACGACGAUGACUUAUGUAAUCAUCCUUCCCAUAACAACAAGAAUGUGGGGCCCAAUGACUCUUCCUUGAAUACAUCCACGGGCGCCGAUCAUAAGAGCUUUAACGACGAUAAAGAACCACCGUCCCAUCAUAAUAUGAAUGUUAAUUAUAACAACUGCAACGAAGAGGUCACAGGCCAAUGCAAGACGGAGCCUGAGGACGGUACAGAGUCAAGUAACAACUCCGGCGAUAGCUCCGGCAACCGAAUUAUCGAUCCCAAAAGGGUUAAGAGAAUAUUAGCAAAUAGGCAAUCAGCACAGAGAUCAAGGGUGAGGAAACUGCAAUAUAUAUCAGAGCUCGAACGUAGCGUCACUACAUUGCAGUCGGAAGUAUCAGUGUUAUCGCCAAGAGUGGCGUUCUUGGAUCACCAGCGUCUGCUUCUCAACGUCGACAACAGCGCUCUCAAGCAACGAAUCGCUGCUUUAGCUCAAGACAAGAUUUUCAAAGACGCACAUCAAGAAUCAUUGAAGAGGGAAAUAGAGAGACUUCGACAAGUGUAUCAACAACAAAGCUUCGAAAAAAUGGAGAAUGCAAAUCAUUCACCGGAGACAGGAGUCGACAUAAAGGCGUUAUAAUCAACAAGAUAUAUAUUCAUUUUUAUUUGCAAAGUUCUUGACUGUCAAAUCUCUUUCGGUCAAGAAUUUUAGAAGAUGGCAUUUUUAUGUUUAUCACAUGUUUUAAGUUGUGAUGAAUUCAGUUUGAUGUAUAUUAUCUUCUUUUAUUUAUUAAAUGUCGUUUUUUUUUGUGGGGUUAAUGGAAGGGAAAUAAUCAGUUGUUUGUACAAAGAAUAUAUAUUGUUGU